AUGCUCAUCUCUAACCUCAACCUCGUCUCCAUCCUCUCCUUCUCGGCCACCCUCUUGGCUACAUUGCCCUCCGCUUCAGCUUUCUCUCAUUCAAACUUCACCUUGGAGAAGAAGUGGCAUGGAGGUGGGGGCAAUAGCGGCGGCGGCUCCUCCUCUCAGUCGCAGACUUUGACAUGUGCUGCCAUCUCUGGACAAUUCCUUGGUUUCAGCUUCGAUUUUGGAUGUCUUUGUGAGGCCGAUGUCUCGUCCUACUGUGACAACAACGGAGGUGGAUGGUACUUGGAACAAUUGCUUAACCAAUACCUACAAGAAUACGGAACCACCUUCAAAUACCCUGCCAACGCUCAGCCUACCUGUGACGGUUACGGAGGAUAUACCUGUGGAAGUCUUCAACGAACCAGCAACGGUUGUGGAUCCACCAACUGUCAUCCCUCCACCUGCUCCACGAGCGGAGUUUGCUGCCCUCGAGGUCAGACUUACAACCCCAGCACCCAAUCAUGCUGUGGAUCCACGGGAUGUAACCGACAACAGACCUGUACGCCUAUCUACUCUUGCUCGACCUACGAGAGCAACGGCAUUUGCUGUAACACCAACCAACAAGGAUGGACCGGAUACAAUACCGUCUGCUGUCCUCCUGGUCAAUCUGAGCAAGGUUCCAGUGGAAACUGUGUCUGCAACCAAUGUGGUUACACCGUGGACCCCAACGACUCUAGCAAGUGUGUCUCCACUUGCAGCAAGUCAUCUGGCAACGCGCUUUACGCCGACUCCAGAUGCCACCACACCUGUCCUCAACAGGGAUGGACAUACUACAACACUCAGUGUUGCCCACCCGGAGCCAAGGAAAACCAAUGGAACCAAUGUUACUGUACCGCCAAAAACUAUGAGCUCGUUGGAUCUGGCAACUCUCAAACUUGUCAACCUACCUGUUCUUCCGGUAACAAGUGGUGUCAGACCACUUGCUGUCCUAAUUACCAAGAAGAGAACUCGCAAGGACAAUGUGUCUGCACUCAACCCGGCUACAUCAACAACGGCAAUGCUUGUGUUCAACCCACUUGUUCCAAUGGACAGAUCUUCAACCCUGCCACCGGCAUGUGCACUGAUCAAUGUGACACCGCCAACGGUUAUACAUAUCAACAGAACAACGGACAAAGCUUUUGCUGCAAGCGAGGCAUGACCGCUUGUCAGACUGUCUGCUGCCCUUCCGGAACUUCGGAAGUCGGUAGCACAGGUGUCUGCUGUACCCCUGGAUCUCAGGUCGUCGGCGGAAUGUGUGUCUCUCCAUCUGGAGGAUACACCACGACCACCACUGGUAUGGGCCCUGGACCAACCUCUGGACCUCCCGGUGGCGGUGGACCUCCCGGCGGUGGUGGUGGUGGACCUCCCGGUGGUGGUGGACCUCCCGGUGGUGGUGGACCUCCCGGCGGUGGACCUCCCGGCGGCGGCGGACCCCCCGGUGGCGGCAGUGGACCCAACUGGAAGCGAAACCAAAUCACCUUGACUGAGGAAGAGAAGAUGACCGACUCUUACCGAUGCCCUGCCGGUCUCGCCGCUUGCCCCGUCACCGGCGCCACCUCUGAAGGAAUCUACGAAUGUCUCGACACCUCAUCCGACUUGCAAUCCUGUGGAGGAUGUGCCAGCUUGGGUCUCGGAAAAGACUGUACCGCUAUCCCUGGAGCCAGAUGGAUGGGUUGCAACGCCGGUCAAUGUGAAGUCUACUCAUGUCGACCAGGUUGGAAACUCGUCAAGGGACAAUGUGUCAAGCCAUGA